CCAGCCCUUGGAGCAGCUCCGUGGCCUUGGUCAGCUCCUGUAGAAGUGACCUCAGACUCCUCCAGCCCUCGUGGUGGUGUCCGUGUCCUGCUCCAGUCUGGGCACUCUGUUCCUGACAAUUCUGAGCUCUAGACUGCAAAGACUUGGAAAGAGAAGGCUCUUCCCUUCCAGAGAAGGGUCUGGAAUUUUUUUAUCAGGACAUUUCCAAAAUCAGGAGAUCUCUUGGGUGGGGGAGGCAGGUUUCCAGGAUGGUUUAGGCAGGUGGCACUGGCAAUUUCAGCUGCUCCAGUGAGUCUGGGGUCUGAUGGAGGGAGAAGUCCUUACAGUGUGUGAGACUUUCUAAGGGAGGCACUGAGUGUUCAGAGUCCUCAGGCUGCUGCUGCCCCAUGAUUCUCAUUCCCAGGAUGAAGCCCUUUUCCAGGGCAGCCUGUGGAGCUGCAGGAUGCGAGGGGAAGGUUUUCCAGCCAGAAGAGGGGAUGCUUUCCAUACAUUUACUUCUUUCAGCCCAUUAUCUGCCCCUGUCCCCCUCCUCCUGCUCUGGCUCGCUCUCCCCUCCCGGUGUUUCGGUGCUGAUGGGGUUGUACGUGCCAGUCCCCAUGAGGAUCCCAUUCCAGACACUCAUCCUCCUUUAGAAAACAUCCAAAGUCAAGGCCGUGCAUCCCUAGGAGUGAGUGCAACAGCUUCGAUUUUUGCAUGUUUCCAAAACGAGCUACAGACCCAAAAAUAGAACAAAAAAAAGUUUCUUUGCCACCUCCCUCGCUCCUCUGCAGCGCGACAGCCCCGGGGCGGCUCAGGGGAGGCGGUUGUGCCUCGGCCACUCAAGGCCACCCUGGUUAAAAGGGAGACGCCGUCCUCCCUCUUCCUGCCGAGGGCUUGGGAUGCGUGAGCUGCUGCAGGGAAGAGCCGAGGUGGGACCAUGAGCGCUCUCAGGGGGCUCCUGCUGUGCCUGGUGCUGCUGCUCCCCUCUGCAGCUCUGCCCAGGAAAGGGGAAAGGGAUUCCCUGAUGGAGCUGAGUCUUCUGGAAGAGCUGGGGCUGGAAGCAGAAGGGAGAAAGGUGGGAAAUGGAAGUUUACAGGAGACACCCAGGUCCAGGAGGGCUGCUGCCACUCUCCUUUUCUCCAAGCCUGAGCCGGGAGCCGAGUGUCCCCCGGCUGAGGAGGGGGGCCCGGGCUGGUCCCGCUCCAGCCCGCAGCCCUGGCCCCUCGGGGGCCUGGAAGGGCCCGUGUGCAGGGUGAGGAUGGAGCAGGACGGGGCCACCCCGAGGCACCUGGAGGUGGUGGGUGUGCUCAGCCACUACGAGAGCAGCUUCAUCAAACUGCUGAGACGGCGGCGGAGCUGGGACGGGAACUUCCCGGGGACCUUCGGGCUGUGCCGGGCCGGGGAGGCGGCGGCUGCUCCCCAUCCCCUGCAGAGGAUCCACGAGCACGUGCUGGAGCCGGGGCGGGAGAGAUUCCUCGUCCUGCACCUGGAGGAAGUGCAGUGGGAAGCGCAGGUGAAGCUGCGGUUCCAGCUGGUUUUCCAGGCGGAGGUGGGACGGGCUCUGGGAGAGCUGCAGGCGGCCGUGAUGCUCUUCUACCUGGGCCGCCGGGAGGGCCGGGGCUCCGGGCCCCCGCAGGAGCUGCUGCUCACCGGCCCGGGGCUGGAGCGGGACCAGAGGCUCUGCCUCUCCAGGGACACGCAGUACCUGGCCCUGGCAGCCGCCGCAGCCUCGGUCACCCGCAGCGCGGAGCGGCUCCGCUUCUCGGCUUCCCUGGCCAUCCACGGCGGAGCGGGAGCAGGUGCCCCCCUGCCCCGCACGGAGGUGCAGCAGCUCCUGUUCGGCUCCGAUGACAAAUGUUUCACCCGGAUGACCCCGGUGCUGCUGCUGCUGGCCAAGUCACGGCAGCAGGAGGAGGAAGAGGAGGAAGAGGACGCUUUGGCCUCAUCCUCCUACCAAUCUGCUGAGGGGGUGCUGGACAUGGCUCCGUACCCACAGCUCAGCCCACCCCAGGCCGGGACCGAGGAGCUGCCGACCCCCACUGCCCCGAGCCAAGCCAACACUUCGUCCCCAGCGCCCGGGGGCAGCGCCCAGUUCCUGGCAAUCCUGACCCGCUUCAUCCGGCAGCUCCUGAGCUCCUCCAGCGAGCCGCCCCCCCAGCCCAGUGCCCACCACUGGCUGGACUUCGAGGCGAUGGAGACCCUCCCUCACCAGCUGCUCAACCUGUCGGAGGAGGCGGCGCUGGAGCGGCUGGUGCAGUCGGAGGAGCCCUCGGUGCUGCUGCUGGCCCAGGACAGCGGGGCCGUGCUGGAGCAGCACCUGGGGGACUGCAGCAAAUCUGGGCAGGGUGGAGAGAAGGAGGAGGAGGAGGAGGAAGUGGGGAAUCUGGCAGGAGGCUGA